CUUCAUCUGCAUUCAUUGAUUAUGCUUACAGCAUGAAAGUGAAUAAACCGACACGAUCGUAUUGGCAACUACAACUAUAACUAACCUACUGUACUAUUAAGAGGACUAAAGCAUCAAAGACUAAAGCAUCAAAGAACUAUAAGAAUAUCCACGUUCAUCUCAUUGUACUACCAGUGCUUGCUCUACUACGGCUUAGGACCGGCAUUCACUCCGUCCGUUCUGCCUUCUACCUGUGCGAAGCUUGGCUUGCGUGGUGUGUGAAGAUCAUCUACGUUUGGGGUAGAUCAUCAACAUUCCGAGUUUCUUCUGUGCACGAGAUACGUGGAAUCAACGCCGCAACAAAUCUGCAAUUCACACCGUACUACAACUCGCCACCGUUUAUUUCCCGCGAACUAACAUCAGGUGUCGUCGCUGACAGUGGAGUGGGUCGCGCGAGGCCCUCUAGGCUGAAAUAACCCCGACGUCCAACACUGCUUGACGCUGAGGAUCACGAGGACAAUAGCAGAGAACCACAGACGCCCACGAUCAUUGCUUGACGCUGAGGAUCACGAGGACAAUAGCAGAGAACCACAGACGCCCACGAUCAUUGCUUGACGCUGAGGAUCACGAGGACAAUAGCAGAGAACCACAGACGCCCACGAUCAUUGCUUGACGCUGAGGAUCACGAGGACAAUAGCAGAGAACCACAGACGCCCACGAUCAUUGCUUGACGCUGAGGAUCACGAGGACAAUAGCAGAGAACCACAGACGCCCACGAUCAUUGCUUGACGCUGAGGAUCACGAGGACAAUAGCAGAGAACCACAGACGCCCACGAUCAUUGCUUGACGCUGAGGAUCACGAGGACAAUAGCAGAGAACCACAGACGCCCACGACUAUGCAGUCAUCAAGUACUAGAAGAUCUUCCAAGAGGGCCUCUUUUGGAGGGUCAACCUCAACAGUUCUAGCAGUACUCCUUUCCGGAGCCGGAUCUGCACAUUCGGAAGUUUUUGGGCAAGAAGUAAAGGAUGUGCACAAAUGGCUUAGCGAAGACCCGAAGUGCGACCACGACACACCGAGCUGGAAAGAAUUGCGUCACAUCUUGACGUUACCUUAUGAAUGAAUGAAGUUGCAGCUCCUAGCAUAGAGGGGGUCUGACCUAGGCCUUUCUCUGAUUACUAAAUCCCGUGUCUACUCAAAGAUGAAGAAGAGAAAUGAAAUAUAAUUUUUUGUUGUUUGACCACAUGAUUGAGGACCAGUGCAACGAUGAUGUUGCGAACAAGUGCGUACACGCUCAUGCUCAACCUCUUGCCAGGCACAUCAAUCAAUCAAUCAAUCAAUCAAUCAAUCAAUGCACCCCUUCUAAUCUACCGACGACUACAUAACUCCAGACAUGUACCAAGAAGCGAUAAAGCACUCUCCAGAGGUGGAAAAGCAUGAAGACUGGCGCAGGAUGUAUGGCGCAGAGGUUAUAGACGCGUCACGAGGAUACUUCGAGAUGUUUGUGCAGGAUCCUGGGUUGCUGGAGCGCUGUUAUCUUUUACGGAAGCGGUCAGCUGAUCAUCUAUAGAAUUUCCUUUCUUUGAUGUAAGGACAGUAAAAUUUCCACGAGAGUGAAGUGUUGAGAGGUGCUACUUCGAUGUCUGCCUGAACAACAUGCUCAACGAGAAAAGAUCAUGGGUUUUGGAACAACAAUAUUUCACAUACACCUUUCUUUGAUGUAAGAACAGUAAAAUUUACAUCUUGAUCUUUUUUUAAGACUCAGAGGCACCACUGCCUCCAGUUCAUCUGAGUCUCCUUUUUAUUUUUCCAGCUCAUGGUCGUUGAAAAAUCUGGACUCUCCACAAUUUUAUUUAGCAUGCAACUCCUGUCGCCCAUCAUCAACUUCUAACCCACGGCGUAGUGACCUUCUUCUUCUACUUGGCAAGGUGGAAGCUCUAUGGACUGCAGGACAUUGAAUUGGCUAUGCAGGUGAUCCGACCACUGGACGCGAUAUUGAAGACCUUGCCUGGCGUCCACAUGAACCGAUACAAUGGUCUAGAAGAAACAGCCUCUGGGUCGCCUUUUGUUAAGGCCAUAUAAUUUUAGUUAACUGACCUUCGAAAUGUUUGAGCUUGAAGGAAGUAUGAGUAUGAGUAUCUUCGUCUGGAGCAGCUCUGUAUCCAGUUACCGAACAUGGCACCAGAAGCAGCAACUACUACAGGUUCUCUGAUUUGUACAUAGAAAUAGAUGAAUCCCUAUGUAUGUACUAUAUUGAGUCGUGGGUGUUCUUGUUUCUUCCACUUACUAUCGCGUGAGACUAGUCCGUUUCUAAUCUCGACGAUGUCCUCGGUAUAGGACAGAACACAACUGACGUUUCAGGCCUUGCUCCGACUCCUCAAGAGUCUGACAAUUACCACUGGCCUAUAACGGCGCAUAUGCUCGCACAAUUCGAAUUGGACGUGAUGAAAGCACUGGGAAGCGGCGCAAAGCAAACGAACACUCUGUACGAUGCAGAAAAGCAAGAGACAAUCUGGAUUGGGAAUGCGUAUUAUACAGAAGAAUUAUAGUUAAACUAUUGCUUCAUCUUAUUUUUUCAAUUUCUUGCCCGUUCUUAUCUCAUGGAGAUGGAUUACGAUUAUAUCGGAGGGAUGGGCUCCUCCAGCUUGCUAACGCUAGAACAGGAGCGCUCAGUCAUAGGAAUUCUUAAUAUAAUAUGAGUGGAGGCCCGAAGAAGUAUACGACCUAUACCUCACCUUGCAUCGACGAUGUCGUGGACAAAAGGUACAAUGUGUGGCCUAGUGACCUGUUACCCUCAACGGACGCGACGCUCGCACACCAAGCAGGAAUGGAGGACAACUCCAUUGAAAAAAGCUGGACGUCGUCGAAAGCCACUCUUUUUAUGAAGAAGUCAAAGAAAAAUUGUUAUGUCCACUAUCGUCUAGGUCUAACAACUCUAUACUUAUGAAGAAGCUACUGCCCUCUCACUCCGUUGGUAUCAUUUUUAGUGCUGUUGACGCUCUUUCUUAUAGACGACUAAGUCUAAAGUAGCAAAAAAUUCAGAUUUGAAAAGAGAACUAAACUUGUUUUCUACUUAGAGAUUCUAAUCUCUCAUUACUUGCAUUUCAUCUCAAGAAUUUUAGAAAAUAGACGACAACGAAACGUGUAAGUGUAUGAGAUAUGACAAACAUGUACAUAGAAGAUACUUAUAUUCAUCUAAUUAUUUCUCGCCAUUGGAAAGCCUUGGGAAUGCUUAUUCGAUCUACGUCUACGAUCCCUUGGAGGUGCCUGAAUUGCGCACAAUGCUCCGCUCCGGGUCAAGCUAUUGUCGAGGGUUUGACACAGGCGCCGAGGUCGAUGCGCACCAUUGGUUCCUGUCCUGUCCACAGUUAAGGCUCAAUACUAGUAUGACUUUUCUUUUUUCGGUUUUUGUUUUUUCUAGUUAGAUAUGCUCCACCAACAGUAUCAUGCAUCCAACUAACCGAAAGUUGAAAGUUGAAAGUAUCAUGACCCACUGAAAGUUGAAAGGAUAUUGGUCUGAAACUGGGAAUAGGAUCAAGCUCGCAGACGCCUUACUUAUAAUUAUAUGCGAGCGUUUAGUUUGUUGUAUUAUCUUCACGUGCGAUGAUCCGACUAUUCUACACCGAUUUGUGCUAGGCAAAAGCCUCUUUCUCGUCUAACUUACUGCCGUACCGGCAAUCCUCAAGAGGCCGACUUCUUCUUCGUCCCUCAAUACAGUGGUUGCCUCGCGCAGCAAAUGAAGUUGUUGCAAGCAACUUCACAGGGAGAAGAUAAGAAAAGUGGUAUCAAAACAUUCCUGAAGGAGUAAGUCUGAGUGGAAGUACAUCAUUUUCAACUUGUCAACACGACAGAUGAGAGUACUAGUUUUUUUUUUUGAUGUCUACGAAAAGUUUAAGUUGUAACUCAUCCUCCUCCAUUGCCAUUCUUUUCUUGUAAAUACGAACUUUCACUCUGAAGAGUCUAAUCACGAGGAUGAGCAGAUGUCGAAUGUUAUCGUCGAAGCUUUCGAGCGUCUGAUUCCGCAGUUGAAGUAUUUCGCACGGUCCAACGGCAGAGACCAUAUCUUUGCUCUGACCUUAUGGCCCAUUUAUUUUCAAGUACGACUGAAAAGCAUCAUACAGAUUCUCAGAGCAGGAGCAGAGCAUUCCCGAAGGAUAACAGAAGUAGUUCUUACACCUAAUAUCCACGCAGUAUGCAGCACUGAACUUUGUGCGAGAUUGGUUGUAUUGUAUUGCAUUGUAUUGUAUAUCCAUCUUCUCUCUACCUCUAAGCACCGGCAGCGGGUCUCACUUGUCCACGCUUGCUUCGUCCAAACUGAAAGAGUCGAUCCUCUUGUUCGACCAUGUUGGACCUUGGUUCCAUUUUGCGAAGGACAUCCUGAUUCCUAUGCGUGAGCGUCUUUAAGAGGACUCACAAUAACUCACAAUACCUCGUCACAUAGGUCAACAUCUCUCAGCAGAUGAUCUUCUGUCUCGGUUUCCUACGUGGAUCCUGGGAAGAUGUUGACGGUAAAAGAUGAAGUAUGCGGAUCACCUCUAAUGUCUGGACACGUUAGUGCAGCAACAUGCGCUUGCCCUCAGUCCUGACAGUAUUCAGAGUGCAGACGGCGCUGUCUUGAGCUUGGAUCAGGAUAAUCUUUUGUCACCGCGAGACCGUCCUUGGAGAAAGCGCAAGCACACAGGUGUUGCACUCCUCACGGGGAAGGAAGAAGGCACAGGAGGUAUGAUUCAACAAGGGGUCGUGAAAUUAUCAAAGUACUUAUGUAUGAGACCCAACUAGUAGUUGUAGGGUCCCAAACCUAGUCGUGAUGUUAUCAUGGACCACUUCUUAGAGGAGAAGAUAAUAAAACGAGCACUAAGAAAACAACACCCUGCCGCGUCGACCCUUCUUUUGCCUAGACCCACAUCACUUCUUUCAUUACAACGACCGAAGAGUACGGUGAGACCGCCUUGAAGUCCUGGAACGUUCGCCAUAUUGCGGCUGGGCGACCAUCAUCGGGCAAGGAAUUUUUCGGCGAUAUGCAUCUCAUCGAUAGGCCUGAAGGAAGGGAAGAGGUAUUUACUUAGAAUGUGCGAGGUUGGAAAUGUACUUGUCUGUCUUGCACAUGAAUUAUCUGCUACCUCUGUACAGGUAAGCUGGAGGUGAUGUGCUUCUAGAUACCAUCAAGUCGACCUCGAUGAAAAAUAACAAAAAACUUCUAUUAGAAUUCUUGUUCUUAAUAUCCUUUAGAUACUUUCUUAGGAAUCUUCAUCUUCUUGUUCUUUCCCGCCAAUCAAAACAACAGCUCAAUCUACCCUUCCGUGACGGCAAGUUCUGCUAUUUGACUGCGCCGCCGCUUGACGUGACGCGGGCUUUUUUUUCCGGCUGCGUCCCAGUGAUAAUCGAAGACGACUAUCGCAUGCCUUUUCAGCAGUUCAUCACCAGCGCAACGCCUGGAAAGAAUGUGAAAGUUAAACAAAAAUGUUAGUUACCCAUUUUAGUACUCGUAAAAAUUGCCAGAGUUCCAGUGCUACUGGCAAGAGGAAGAGAACAGCAACCUGCUUAGUCAUGAAUUAUAAAUUCGCAUCCUUGGCAACUCUAACCUGCGCAACAAGCCCAGGACAUCGAAAAGCAGUUCACCGUGGGCAGAAAAUGCUGCUGGCGCUGCGGGUUUUCCGGAUGGCAAUGAGAAAAGACGAGCCCAACCGGCGAUAAAACCUGGCUACAAUUUCUUCCUGCAAUGGCCUAAAAAUAUGGUCACCAGAGAUCUCGCAGUUUAUACCAGACAAUGGAUUGAGAAAACGGCUACGCAUGUGCUCGGGAACUUGGCCGAGAUGAGAUGUUGGUAGUAGUGUUAGUGUUGAAGAUGGGAGAUGAGAUGUUGGUAGUGGUAGUGGUAGUGGUAGUGAAGAUGUCGAUGUCGAUGUCGAUGUCGAUGUCGAUGUCGAUGUCGAUUGUACUAUCAGUGUUUAUUGUCGUCCCUUCAGAACGUACAUGGCUUAUCCCUGCAAUAGUACAUAUGAUGCUGAAUGAAGGCGUCUCUAGCCUACCGUGUCAACGAAUCAUGCGUUUAUUUCUCUUCAACUGCUUAUGUUCCCCAGAAUCCACCACCCUAAAAGGUACGUCUACCCUGCAUCCGUGUUAUCAGCAGACUUCUUACCUGCGAGAAUGGGCAAGCUGUGCCCUCGUGGCCGAUCCCAAAACGCACUGAUGGCUUUACACGCUUCCCUAGUCGCAAAGAAGGCGACCCCAAAGUUCGCAACCAAUGUCUUUUCACUGGUGAAUUUAAGGCAUGAUAGAUUGUUCGAAAAUUCUCGUGAAUAAUUGCAUCGACGUAUGUCGUUGAUUUGAAAGGCAUGAUUAUAGUCUAUCAGCCAAGACAAUACAGCCACGACUGAAGUUACCUUGAAAAUGAACUCGCAUCCUAUUUUUUUGACUCUUCUAAUACAUCCAAAAUCCGGAACCUACAACAUCGUUUCGGAAGUCUUUAGCAUGGUCCAACGAUUCGAAACGAAGAUGCCUACGAAGAAAUAGUGAGGACUUGAUACCCGUGGACGCAUGUGGGAGGAGCAGGAGGUGGAGUGGGACGUCGAGUUUGGGAGUUGUGAUGAAUGAUCUUUACGCGAUUAGUGAGUUGUACACUAGUGUCAUUUUGAUUUCAUAUUCAUGUAGUUAUGCGUAGUUCUUCAAAAGUUCUUCUUCCCUGUGUGACAUACAGGAAAAUACUGACCGAGUUACAAAUAAUGAUAACCGUGUAGGCAAAAUUUCCCGUAGCAGCUUGUAAUUGUCACGGCGACAACAUAGUAGAAGAAGAAGUACACCAGCACGAUUAUAAUCAAGAGACUGCACCAUUCUUGCCCCUGGUGAAUCUGUAGCAAGUCUAAACGGAGGAGUGAGUCAGGUGCUUAUAGAGUCCAGACGGGGCUGCACAGAGAUGGUAGCCUGUGUUCUAGGUGUCUCAGGGGAAGAUCAUCAUCC